AUGUUAAUGAAUGUAAAUUCCAUGUAUUCAUCAUUGUCAGCGUUUCUAAUAUUAUUUCUUUCGUUAUUUCAUGUAAAUCAGGCCAUCAUUUUAAAUGUUACAGACAAAGCUUCUAUUUGCAACGCUACAGCCUUGAUCCAACAAGGUAUGAUGGAUUAUUAUUUGGGGACUAGGUACGGUGGUACUGUAGGGAUGUUCCAACCACCUUACUAUUGGUGGGAAGCAGGUGAAGCCUUUGGUGGAAUGUUGGAGAAUUGGUUUCUUUGUCAAAAUGAUACUUAUAAAUCGAUCUUAAUGGAUGCUUUUAUAGCUCAAACUGGGCCAGAUUAUGACUAUAUGCCAUUGAACCAGACCAUGGUGGAAGGGAAUGAUGAUCAAUGUAUUUGGGGACUUACUAUUAUAGAUGCAGUGGAAAGGAAUUUCACAGCACCAGAUAAAGAAGGCGUGCCAGGCUGGUUAGCGUUAAGUCAAGCUGUGUUUAAUACGAUGUGGGCUCGUUGGGACAAAACACAUUGUGGUGGUGGGUUGAGAUGGCAAAUUUUCACGUGGAAUUCCGGUUACAAUUAUAAAAACACUAUCUCUAAUGGAUGUCUGUUCCAGUUAGCUGCAAGGUUGGGCAGAUAUACUACCAAUACCACAUAUUUAGAAGUGGCUUCAACCGUCUUUGAUUGGUUAACAUCUGUGGGUUUUGUGGUUCUUGAUGGCCAAGAUAAUGGUAAUGUUUAUGAUGGUGCCUCGAUUGAAGGCAAUUGUACAGAUAUUACGACCAUAGAAUGGUCAUAUAACCAUGGAGUUGUCCUCGGUGGUGCGGCCUUUAUGUACAAUGCCACAAAUGGAUCUACAGUAUGGGAAAACCGUGUAAAUAAAUUGUUAGCAGGUGCAGUAAAAUAUUUCUUCGAGGAUGGUAUUAUGUAUGAGAGUGCAUGCCAGAAUAGUGGGAACUGCAACAAUGAUCAAAGAUCAUUCAAGAGUAUCUUUUCCAGAAUGUUAUCAUUUACAAGUAUGUUAGUGCCUGAGACUGCACCCACCAUCGAUGCAUUGAUGAAGACUACUGCAGAAGCUGCUGCAUUAUCAUGUUCUGGUGGUACUGAUGGGCAUACGUGUGGUUUAGAUUGGCAAAAGAAGGCAUGGGAUGGUGUUUAUGGUCUUGGUGAACAGAUGUGUGCUUUGGAAGCGAUACAGAGUUUAUUAAUCCAUGAUAGACCUGCAUUGUACACACAAUAUACCGGUGGUUCAUCAGUAGGAGAUGCCAAUGCAGGUCUGAACACAACAACGACAAAUGUUUUACAGAACAAAUUAAAUAUUACAGGUGGGGAUAGAGCGGGGGCUGCUAUAAUUACAGCAAUCAUAUUGGCAGUUCUAUUAGGUGGUGCAGUGUGGAUGAUAUUUUAA